GGAUAUUUGAAUCACGUGAUUUCUGCAUGUGUCAUGAUUUGUCGGCCUAAAAUUUUGCAAAACAGGUCAUAAACAUCAAAAUAAUGGCGGCUGCACAAGGCCAAGAUGUGCUACGUUGCAAUUUAUGUCCAGAACCAGUAGAAUUUUACUGCAAUCCGUGCUGUAUACAAAUGUGUAGCAGCUGUGUUUUAAGGCACAUGAUGGAUAAAUCGAAGAAUCAUGAAGUUGUUGCAUUUGAGAGCAGAAAAAUCAAAACUGUGUAUCCAGAAUGUCAGUCUCACAGAAUUAAAUGCGAGACUUAUUGUCGUGAUUGUAAGGCAGCCGUGUGUAUCAAAUGCCUCAUCGGGUCACACAAAGGCCAUGAUGCCACGGAAAUAGAUGAAAUAGUUGAAAUGCGACGAAAAAGUAUUGAAUCUGAUACAAAGGAAUUGGAAGAAAAUGCCUUGCUAAAAAUUACGCUAAUGAAAGAAAUUGUUUCGUCAGACACAGUUAUGAUUGAUCAUGUUAUAUCUGAGGUGACCAAGAGAGAAAGACAAAUUAAGGAAGCAGUUCACAAUGAGGCCGAGAAAAUGAGGAAAGAGGUUAUUCUUCGUAAGGAACGCAAUAAAGCUGUCAUUUCAGAAAACCAGUCCAAAGUUUCUGAUUUGGAAACCAAACUAAAGAAAGCAAUAGAAAAGAAUAGACAGAUUAUGCAGACCCGACAGGUACAGGAUAUAUUGAACUACGAGUGUGAUAUUGAGAAUUUCAAAACAGACUUAAAUCUACAACAUUGUGUUCAUCCACAUUUUGUAUGCAAUGAAAUUGAAAACGAACAAAUAGUUCGAUUGCUAGGUAAUUUAUCCUAUGGCGAUGUCAAAACAGGCAAACAAAAUUUACAAUUAAAAGAAAGUUCGGAAAUAUUGUAUUCAUUUACAAUUCAGGGUUCUAACAAAUCUCUUUGGAGAAUAUUGUGUGUAGAAAAUCAUAAACUAUGGAUAAGCGGCGAGAAAAACUCCAUCAAGCAAAUAGACAGGAAGGGGAAAGCAAUACAAGUCAUAAGCACUGUGAAAAACCCUGUAGCUUUCUCAUUUAACUGGAACACUCUAAUAUUUGCAUUAAAUGAUGAUUCCAAAGUCUAUAUCGUCAAAGACAAUAAAGAAGAGAAAUAUCUGAAUUGUGAUGGUUGGUUUCCGAAAGGUCUGUGUCAUCUGCAGAACGGAAAUCUGUUAGUGAGCAUGCGCUCCUACGAUGAGAAACAAAGCAGAAUAGUAAGAUACUCAGGUACGACAGAGAUACAGAAGAUUCAGUUCGGCAACCGGAAACACCCUUUGUUUUCCUGUGGAGUUUCUUUUGUUCUUUUGCUAACUGAAAAUGGAAAUGGUGACAUCUGCGUAGCAGACUAUGGAGGAAGCGCAGUUGUUGUUUUGGAUUUCUCCGGGGAUCUGCGGUUUAGGUACGAUGGAAACAUUUCGAAUCAGUCUAAGUACACCCAAUUCCUGCCGAUGCACAUUGCUUGCGAUGUCAAUCAUCAAAUUUUGAUAGGUGAUAGCAGAAACAACAUUGUUCACAUCAUCGACUGUGAUGGAAACUUUGUCCGUUACAUAGAACAUCCAUGUAACGGAGGACUGAGUGUUGAUGCAGAUCACAAUUUAGUAACUGGUGAUAGAAAAAGCGGAAAAAUUCAAUUCAUCAAAUAUUUAGAGAAAAUUUCUUGAGAUCAAGGUUACACGAGCAAGCACGUCGAAAAUACAGUUUUCAUUAUUGAAAAACCGCUAUUACUUUGUCUACUUUUAUACUGCUAUUUUAAGUAACCUUUGCAGUUUUCAUUCUUUUGAUCAGUAUAAGUAAAACGUAAAUUAUUGCAAGAUGUAGUAAGCAGUU